UGUGUUGGUCACACUAUAAUCCUUAUUAGAAUCUGUAACACCAGAGUUUUGUUUAUGCAGUUAAUAACUAUACUUGAAAAUGAGGUUAGAUGUACUGUAAAACUAACACCUACAUUUUAUACACAACUUCAGAACAAGAUCUCACAUUAAUUAGGGCAUACUUUUAGUUUAUGACGGAGGACAUCUUGUACUUUGUGUGCCUCAUAUACUCCAUGGAACAAAAAGAUGUCUUUUAAUUGUCCCUCUGUGGAACAACACACUCUGAAAUAUGUUGCAAAGAUGUGCAGUAUAAACAUCUGAAUUAUUGAUGAACCUUAAUGACUGUCCUCCAAAGGACUAAAGCGUCAGAGAUCUUUUGGGGAGUUCAGUCUGUAAACACAGCUGAGGCGUGCUGUGGUGAACGGGGACAUGUUUGUUGGUUGCAUCAUUUGAGGCCUAGAAAUUACAUUUGUACAUUAUGCACAUUUUCAAUAAAGCCUGAAAAAUGUGGGAUGAAGGGGAAUUAGGGAAGUGAGAAUUUUCCAUAUUUCCCCACUAAUCUAAUGCAGCGAACAUGUUUUUCCUGUUUCCAGUUUUAUAAAUCAUCUUUUAACAUUGUGCUGAUAGUCUCAAGUCAAUCAUUUGUAUGUAUUUGUCGUUUAUAUAAAUUCCUCAUGAGCAUAAAGGAGCUGUCCGCUGUGCUGUGGUGCUGAAAUGCUACACUGAUCUGUCACAGCAUUGAACCUCUUAACAGGUGAAGUGAAUGACAGAUCACCUUAGUAAAAUAUAAUGUUCUUCAGGGAAACCUUUGGUUCUGGCAUUCAUUUGGAUGACACAUCCCGCACAAAAUCUUAUUGCUGACCGUGCACCCCCACCCAAUGGCAACAGCGCUCCUCGAUGGCAUCACCCGCCCCCAGCACAAAAACUGCUGAGGAACAGCUAAAAAAAAUCAUGAUAAAUUGCCCAUGUUGUAGAAUCCCUCCUCUCAACCUAUAGCACCCAAAGAAUCCCGCUAUAAACGUGGUGGUCCAGAGAGAUGGACAAUAUCAACAUGGGUCACAUGAAAUCUAACAAAGGCCAGUAUUGACAUUCAGUAUGCUAAUUAAAGUGUGUUUCAUUUACAUGCUUACAUCUGAACAUACAUUAACAAAUAACUGAAAAAAUUAUCCUCGGACACAGAUUCUUCGUUUAUGAAUAUAGGAUGGAAAAGUACAUAAACAUGCUUUGACCAUAUAUUUAGACAGACUUUUCAUUAUAGUUCUCGACCAGUGUUGGUGAAGCUCUUGAUUUUCUCAUUUAACAGGUUACUCAUGUUUUCUCAUUGUUCAUCUCCACAAUAUGACUGGCAAACACAAAUUCUCUUCUGUCAGUAGCAGAAACCUGGCAUCGCCAUGGAAACAAAGCAUGUGGCUAUUCGUUUUGAUUUAGAAUAAGUAUUUUAAUUUCGCGAAGUCUAAUGACCUGUGGUCUAAAAGGGUUUCAUGUAACCUGCCCUGAGGUCGACGGCGUAGAGUUGUGAGUGACAUUAUUGCACAGCAUAAAACAUAAGUGGCCUUCUUCUGACAAUGUAACUCAGGCCUAAGGUUUAAACCAUUUGUAUUCUAUCCCACAUGCAGUCGAUAUCAGUGGGCAACAAUCUCGUUCUCAUUUACAUUGUUUUCUUUUCCAGCUUAUCAGAAACAAUGAGUCAAAAAUCUUGGAUUCAGAACUUCUUGGCAUCCAUUGUGUCCCCUUACAUCUGUUGUUCCCAUCAGCAAAACUUAUUUCAAGAAAUGCCAGCAGAAUGUGAGUCAUCCUCAUUAAUUUAUUGGUUAAUCUGAUUUGGUUAAUCUGAUUUAAAAAGAUCAUGUUGGGGUUUUCUUAAAGGAACAGACGUAAGGGAGCACUGAUUGAUCCAGAUUGCUGAACGUCUGCAUCCUCAUGUGCCCGGCAAAAUUUUAACAUCAAGAGUGAUGUCUAAUGUGUUUGUUUCCAUCAAACUGAGUGAUACAUAAAGUCUUUAGUGAAAUGAUGUAACCCCAAGAUGAUAAAUAUAAUUCACUAUGUUUCCACAGGGAAAUACAUUUCAAAUGUAACAUUGUUUUUGUAUUUAUUUUUUUUAUUUCAUGAAAUAAAUCAAGCAAUCAAACUUUAUUUAUAGAGCAAUGCUUCGUUAUCUAAUGAAUCCUUUACCUUAUGUAUCAUAGCAAUUGUUUUUGAUAUGUUUACCUUUGUAUAAUUUAUAUGUGGUGUCCAACUCUAAUCUUCAUCCAGCAUGAAUACUUUAUAACAAAUGGGAAUGGAAACACAACUUCCCCAAACUUUUACCCCUUUAAAGUAACUUCCACCAAAGCAGAGUUUUGACUGGUUGUUAAAAUGACGUGUCUGGGGAUGUCAAGACAAAGAUCCUCUAUAUAAAAAAGGCUGUGAUGGGUAGAGGACGAUUCUCUGCUCACACCUGUCUACUAAAACUCCAUUGUCAAACUAAACCAGAGAUAAGUAAGUAAUAAUGUCUCAGACUUACAAUAACUUUAUAGAUUCAAUGUCAAUAUUUCUUCAUAUAUUGUUUAUUGUGAUAUUGUCUAAUCAUGUGUGUUUUGUAACUCAUUUAUUUGGAGCUGUGUUUCAGAUCAUCACAUGUUAAUCUAAGAUAUGCUUAGACACACUUCAAUGUUCAAAACUAUUCAUGAUGUUUAUUAAGGAUCGGUCUGAUGUAUCUUGCCAUGCCUUUACAGACACUGACUGAAGCUGUAGUCAUGAAUGACACAACAGAAGUACACAUAAAGCCAUUUCAGACUUCUGUCACAGCUCUGCUGUCCCUGCUGCCGUGUCUUCUGUUCCUGUACGUGAACAGUGUCAUGGUGUUUGCCUUGCUGAGAAAGCCUCUCUUAUUGGAGUGCUCCAGAUAUAUGCUGUUUGGUCAUUUGCUCUUCACCGAUUCUCUGCAGCUCAUAGUGACUAUGUUGCUGUACAUCUUCGCUGUGACUAUGGUCAAGAUGAUCAGCUAUGUCUGCAUCAUUUUUACGCUGCUUGCUGCCAUCACUGUUAAAAUGUCUCCCCUCAACCUGGCUGUGAUGUCUUUGGAGAGAUACGUUGCCAUUUGUUUCCCACUAAGGCACGCUAACAUAGCCACAUCCCGGACGACGGCUAUAGCCAUCGCUUUUAUGUGGAUAGUGGCCUCUUUGGAAUCAUGCAUACAGUUUUUCCUGUUUGUCAGUCUGGAGAACACAAGCUUCACUGUGAAAAGGGUCUGUACCAGAAGCAGCGUCUACCGCGUACAGGUUUAUAUAACUUUAAACAGAGUCUUCACCAUCAUGUAUUUUGUACUGGUGAGUGUGAUAAUCAUUUACACUUACAUUGCAAUCAUGAUUACCGCGCGGUCAGCUUCUUCUAGUGUGCGCAAUGCCGAUAAAGCUCAUAAGACCGUGCUGUUGCACCUGCUUCAGCUGUGCCUGUGUCUCACCUCCACUCUGUUUAACAUGAUCAACUCCAGUGCUCUGCUGAACCUAAAUCCUGCCAUUGCUAUUCAUAUUCAGUACAUCCUGUUUUUAGGUCUCAUCAUUUUCCCAAAGUGUCUGAGCCCACUCAUAUAUGGCCUCAGAGAUCAAACCUUCAGGCACGUGUUCAAAUAUUACCUUACCUUCGGCCUUAAAACCACUGUGAGGCCAUUUCCUAAGUUUUGAUUUUAUAACUGUGUGCACUUUUUGUUCUUUACUUGUUGUCUGUGUAAUUUUUGAGAUGUCUGAGAUGUUGUCUCUGGUCAGAAUAAAACAUUAUUUUUGUCUGUUACUGGUAAAUACAUACAUACGUUGAUGGACUACUUUUGAGUACAAUGGAGAGUUGUACUGUCCAAACCAUUAUUUAGUGAUCACAAAGACACAAUGCCCUUUUCAUUUUGUGAAGGUCUUCACAAAUUGUUGUUUUUCUAUUUGUUUCAGUGAUAUUUUUGGCUAUGAAACACAGUCUUUAACCACAGUGUGUGCUCAGCAAAUUUGCUGAGGUUCAGUAGUCCACUCUAAGUCACAAUGACAAAUGGUUUUGUGAAAUUUGUGAAAUCAUCCAUGGCAUUUUUAGCAAAACCAAUUAUUUUGAAGCAUUGCUUGUUUUUAUGUUUAGGGGAAACAACAUUUUUUUUAUGUAUUUACUACUAAAACAUUUUAUCAUGUUUUGUUGAUAGCGGUUUCAAACUGAACAAAUAUAUCCUUCUGUAUUACACUUAACACAAAAGAGAUUAACAUAGAUUGUAAUGAUUAAUGUGUGACUGUGUUGCUUAUGUAACUUUAUAUUAUAAAUACAAGUGUUUCUCAUAACUUUUAGUUGUGACCUAGGUAGAAAAAAACAUUCAUUAUCUAACAAGUAAUUUCUAAUUAAAAAUGAAAUUUAUUUGCAGUUUAUUAAAAGCCAUUUUGCCUCAAAUAUGAAGACUCAUCUCUUUACAAACACAUUAUUGUAUCUGUUUUAUUAUUGUACUUUGUGUAAAUAAAUGAAUCCGAGGUCAGACGAAAAAUUAUUUAGCAGUGAAGAGAAGAA